AUGGCAGGCCUACGUUGUAUGAAUCUAGUAUUGUAUCUGUCGCCUGAUUCGAUACUUCUUAAAUCCGGUGUUGCUGACUCCGCUGUUCGUUCUAUCGGUUUGACUGAUGAUAAGCAGUCUCAAGAAGCUGGGAUUCAGACUCAUGCUGCUGCUGAUGCCACUAUAAUUGCUAACAGCGUUUCUUAUUUGCACCCGGCUUCGGAGUCUCAAUUCGGGGAUACAGAGGAAAUGGGUCUGAAUUUCAUGAUGUUGUGCGAGCCUGAGGAGCCUCAAUCCGAGUUGCAUAUGAUACUGUCUAGUGAGGUUUCCUCAAGGUUCGAAGAGUUUUGUGGACCCACUCUUCUGGCCUCGGAUACUGAGCCUGAAGUUUCCUCAGUUGAUAUUGUUGAUGAGGAUGUCGAGGGUUGCAAUAAGACUCGGUUUAUAGGAUUUGUCAAAGAUAACCAUAUUGAUUUAGAAGGUCGUACGACAGUAGUGGAUCGUUUUACUUAUGGUAUACCGUGGCUCAGUAGUAAGCGCCCAGUGAUUCCUGAUUUAAAUGCUAUUAAAAAGGCUCUUGAUGCCGAUCGUAAGUUCAGUGACCAUUUACGUGAGUCAGGACAUCUGGAUUCUUAUGCUGCAGUUUUUGAUAAGUAUUUGCAGCAUGGUAUCGUUGAAGUGGUUCCUACUGAGCAUUACCAUCGUUGUAAAGCUCUUUUACGACACUUUGCAGUGUAUUCCAAUUCCCGGACCAUGCCAGUAAGACCCGUUCUUGAUGGUCGGGCUUUUGCUGGGCUCAUAGGAUCGGGAUUGGGUCAUAAAGCAGUUGAUGAUC